AUGACUACGAAUGGGACUCUUAACUCUGCCUCCAAUGGUGUGAAGCCAUUGCGUCGUGCAGAGGAGGCUGAAGAUCUUCUGACGGCUGUUCAAAAGUUGAUAACAGCCUUCAUUCAAGCCGCCGAUGAAAAUGCAACUACAAAAUCUGCCGGAAUUGCAAGCAACCAAGAUGGCAUGAAGCAACGUUCUGUCCUCGUUGACCAAAAGACACCGGCUCAAAUAAAGAAACUCCUUCCAACAACUCUGCCAAACGAACCUCAGGGCCGCGAAGCAUUCCUUUCCACAAUUUCCACCCUCCUCCAGCAAAGCGUCAAUACCUGGGACCAAGGCUUCCUAGACAAACUAUAUUCGUCAACAACUCCAGUCGGUUUAGCAUCAGAUCUCGUUCUUUCCGCUUUGAAUACCAAUGCGCAUGUUUUCGCUGUGAGUCCUGCUCUCACGAUUAUUGAGAAGACCACGGCGAGGCAGCUGGCGAAUAUGUUUGGAUUCCAAGGACCUUUCGCUGGAGGUGUGAGUCAGCCGGGAGGAAGUGCUGCGAAUGCGAUGUCAAUGGUUGUUGCGAGAAAUUGUUUAUUUCCCGAGACGAAAAGGGAGGGUCUGGGAGGGAAGAGAUUUGUGAUCUUUACGAGUGGGCAUGGGCAUUACAGUGUUGAAAAGGCUGCACAAUCUUUUGGUUUUGGAAGCGAUGCGGUUCGUGGUGUGGAAGUUGAUGUUGAAGGACGUAUGAGAGUCGAUGCAUUGGAAAGAGGGAUUGUAGAGGCGAAAGAGAAAGGAGAAGUGCCCUUCUAUGUGAAUGCUACUGCUGGGACGACUGUUCUUGGCAGCUUUGAUCCACUGAACGAGAUUGCUGCGGUGUGUAAGAAGUACGGCCUGUGGAUGCACGUUGAUGGCUCCUGGGGUGCUCCCAUAAUCUUCUCCGACAAGCAAAAACACAAGCUUGCAGGGAUUGAGAAAGCGGACUCCAUCUCAUUAUGUCCACACAAGAUGCUCAACGUGCCGUUGACUUGCUCUUUCCUGUUGGGGAAAGACCUGCGUGAGUUUCACAAGGGUAUGACCUUACCCGCCGGCUAUCUCUUCCACUCUUCAGAGGCCACGGAAGAUGAAGGAGAUCAUUACUAUGACCUCGCAGAUCUCACUCCACAAUGUGGCAGGCGUGCAGAUUCGUUGAAGAUGGCGCUGAGCUGGAUCUACCACGGGACAGAAGGGUUCAGGGAUUCGGUGGAUUCCGCGUUCGAAGCGGCAGCACAUCUCGCGGGUUUGGUGGCGAAGAACGAAAACUUCGAGCUGGUGAGCUCAAAUCCACCGCCUUGUCUGCAAGUCUGUUUCUAUUACAAGAAGAGCGGGGACAGUGACAAGAAUAGCGACAUCACGAGGAGGAUUGUGGAAUAUCUCGUGCCAAGGGGUUUCAUGACAGAUUAUGCACCUGGAUCAGAAGGGAAAUUCUUUCGGGUGGUUGUCAAUGGUGUGACGAGGAAGGAAACAGUGGAGGGGUUGGUCAAGGGGAUCGAGCAGGCCGGGCAUGAAUUGGGUAUUGCUUGA